CAAAGAUGACUUUCGACCUUGCGACAGGCAAGAAGGUCGAAUCAGAAGUGUUGUCCAAAAAUGAUACGGCUUCCAGCCAGUUGGAUGCAUCAGCUUCACACGACCUGAGGCCACACAAGGUACCAUGGUAUGCCUAUAUCUGGGAUUACGAACCGGAUCGAACCCACGAAGAGCGUGUCUUCGUGUCCAAACUCGAUGUCUACCUGAUCACCACGCUAUCUCUGGGCUAUUUCAUCAAAAAUCUGGACCAGACCAACAUCAGCAAUGCCUUCGUGAGUGGAAUGAAGGAAGAUCUGGCAAUGAAUGGAAACCAGAUCAAUUUGAUUGACACAGCUUGGACCAUUGGCUAUGUCAUUGGUCAGAUCCCUAGUCAGAUCAUUCUCACGAAAGUCCGUCCAUCCAUCUGGGUACCCAGCUGUGAAUUGGUGUGGACAAUGUUGACUUUCACGCUUGCGGCAGCUAAGACCAGCAAUCAUGUCAUCAUCAUCCGCUUCUUCGUCGGACUUGCGGAGUCAAUCUUCUACCCAGCUGCGCACACUGUCCUUGGAGCUUGGUACAAGCCCAGCGAACUCGGUAAGAGAGCUUGCGUCUUCCAUGCAUCAUCCGCUGUAGCUGCGAUGUUUUCUGGUUAUUUACAAGCCGCUGUCUACAAGGGUCUUAACGGUGUUCACGGCUUUGCAGGGUGGCAAUGGCUCUUCAUCAUGGACGGGAUUAUUAGCGCACCGAUCUGUCUAGCUGGAUUCUUCUUGUUGCCUGACCUUCCAGAGAACACCCGCGCGUUCUAUUUGACCGAAAAUGAUCGCGCUCUAGCAAAGAAACGAAUGGAAAGUGUUGGUCGUGCUCCUCGGAAGAAGCUCACGUUGGCCACCUUCCGGAGAAUCUUUAGCCGCUGGCAUGUCUACCUCUUGACAAUCCUCUACGUUGUCUUCAUCAACAUCAGUCCCUCUGGAAGCGUCAAUCCAUUCUCACUUUGGUUGAAGUCCAAGGGACUCUCCGUAUCAAAGAUCAACAUCAUACCUACAGCGAGCUCCGCCAUUCAGCUAGUCUUGACUAUUUCAUUAGCCAUCAUCUCGGACGCUAUUCGACACCGUGCUCGUAUCAUGUCAAUUAGUACAUUGCUCGGUGGAUUUGCCGCACUCUGCCUGGCAAUUUGGAAUAUUCCGUCUGGCCUGAAGUGGUUCUCAUUCUUUCUGCAGCGUGCGUCAGUGCCAUACGGCCCACUGAGCAUGUCCUGGGCCAACGAGAUUUGCGGUGCAGAUGCUGAAGAGCGGACCAUCGUCAUUGGCGUCAUGAACUCUAUUGGAUACGCCUUCAAUGCGUUUGUGCCACUUCUCACGUACCCUCAGACCGAUGCGCCGAAGUUUAGAAAAGGAUUCAUCUAUUCGACAUGCGCAUUUGCAUUCCAAGGUUUGGUCACCGCCGCUGUCGCAUAUAUGUACAAAAGAGACAGGAAUAAGAAGGCCAAAUCUGACGUUGGAGAUGAAGAAAGAGUCAACGAUGCUGUCUUGAUCGGUGCGACACGAACAACAGAUAUAUGAUGGCCUCCGGGCUGCCGCGGGCACGUGGGGGCGGCUCCACAUCAACCGGGACGCCGAACGGUGGCCUGCAGCUUCAUCUCCACAGCGGAAUUGUGGCAGUGCAAGGCCUUUGAGCUAUCAGCCAAGCCCUUUGACGCAGACCGCACGAAUGAUAAGCCCCAAGGGUGCGUUGGCGAUUCGGUGGAGAGGCCAAGGGCAGUGCAACGGCAGCGGAGGAGAUUCGGCCAGACUCGGUCGAGAAAAACAGCCACGCAUCCGAGUUUUCCGCCCGAUCUUUCCGCUCCACCAGUCACUGCGCCACGUUCCGCGAUGGUCAUGCGCCACCUGUGCUGCAAAGCUUAAUAGAAUAAGCUCGUGCCGGUCAUCCGUUCAGCUUUAUUCAAGUGACGCGUACGUAGUAUACAGAUUCCCGUUUGAUCCGUGAAUCGUAUAAAGGUGGAG